GAGACUCGAAUAUAGGAAUAAGAGGAAGUCGCUACCUGCUACCCAAAAUGAUCGCAACUCAGUCGGUACUCCCACUCUUUCGCUCUUCCCGGACUGUUUCUGUACUCUCGGCCACUAGAGUUAUCUGCUUAAACUCUUACCGGAUCUCAGUUCGUACUGUAACCGCCAUGGUCGGAUCUGAUGCCUCUGCCGCCGCCUCCUGUUUCACACCGGAUCAUGUUGCCGGGAAUUGGUUCUCGGUGCCGAACCUCCGGCUUCGCGACCACCGCUUCACCGUCCCUCUGGAUUACUCCCGUGAACCCAGAGCUUCUCUUAAUAUCACCGUCGUUGCUCGCGAAGUCGUUGCUGUUGGGAAAGAAGAGCAGCCUCUGCCAUACCUGCUAUACUUACAAGGUGGGCCAGGCUUUGAGUGCCCACGACCAACUGAAGCUAGUGGAUGGAUACAGAAAGCAUGUGAAGAAUUCCGUGUUAUAUUGAUGGAUCAGCGAGGAACAGGCUUAUCAACUCCUUUGACGGCAUCCUCUAUGUUGCAAUUUAAGUCUGCAAAGGAUUUGGCUGACUACUUAAUGCAUUUUCGAGCCGACAAUAUAGUGAAUGAUGCUGAGUUCAUUAGAGUCCGUCUUGUUCCUGAUGCUGGGCCUUGGACAGUUUUGGGUCAGAGCUAUGGUGGUUUUUGUGCGGUUUCCUAUCUGAGCUUUGCGCCACAAGGACUAAAGCAAGUUCUUUUGACUGGAGGAAUUCCUCCUGUAGGUCAUGGUUGCACUGCAGAUUCUGUGUAUCACGCUGGCUUUGAGCAGGUUUCUUGCCAAAAUGAAAAGUACUACAAGAGAUUUCCUCAAGAUAUUGAAGUUGUUCGUGAAAUUGUACAAUAUCUAGCAGGAUCAGAAGGAGGCGGGGUGCCUCUUCCAUCUGGGGGCAUCUUGACUCCAAGAGGACUGCAACUUCUUGGUCUUUCCGGUUUAGGAUCUAGUGCAGGUUUUGAACGUUUACACUACAUGUUUGAGAGGGCCUGGGAUCCUAUUCUAGUUCCAGGAGCACCAAGAAGAAUCAGUCACUACUUUCUUAAUGCGUUUGAGAAUUGGUCGUCUUUUCAUACAAACCCUCUCUACGCACUUAUGCAUGAGUCUAUAUACUGUCAGGGUGCAUCAUCACAGUGGUCUGCUCAAAAAAUAAGAGCUGAAAAUGAAAGCAAAUUUGAUGCAAUCAGGGCUGCAAAAGAAGGCCGUCCUGUACUUUUCACUGGAGAGAUGAUAUUCCCCUGGAUGUUUGAUGAAAUUCAUGCCUUGAAGCCAUUUAAAGACGCUGCCAAUUUAUUGGCUGAGAAAAAAGAUUGGCCUCCUUUAUAUGACGUUUCUGCGCUGAACAAUAAUAAGGUACCUGCUGCAGCGGCUGUUUAUUAUGAAGACAUGUAUGUUAAUUUUAAGCUGGUAAUGGAGACAGCUUCGCAGAUAUCAGGGAUUAGGCUUUGGAUAACAAAUGAAUACAUGCAUUCUGGUCUGCGAGACGGAGGGGGAGAAGUCCUCGAUCACCUACUGGGAAUGUUAAAUGGAAAGAAGCCUUUGUUCUGAUAACUACAUUGUUCAUAAUUGUUUGGAGUUCCCUUACGCCUUUCAUUUUCUCCUUGCUCACAAAUUUUUGUCCCAAAACAUGUAUGAUUUUCAGAAUUAGUGUUAUAAUUUAUGAGCAUCAUGUUUCUCUGGUUAUAACUUAUAAUGUAAACUAAGCUUAUGUUCCUUCGCUGGAACUCCUGGAAGGUAUGGAAAUUUUCUGUUGAUGA